AUGUCAUCUCAUGAAGAGAAAUCAAAGGAAAUAGUGGAAGAUCUGAUAGCUUCAGCAGAUAUUGAUUCUAUAGUUGAUCAUAACACACACUUAAAACGUGCUCUUAAAGAUAGGCACAUUUCACUUAUUGCCCUUGCUGGUAUUAUUGGUCCUGGUAUUCUUAUCGGUGCUUCACUUGCAUUAGCAAAUGGUCCUGCUUCAUUAAUUAUUGGAUUUGGUAUCGUUGGUAUAAUUGCGUUUGCAAUGAUGCAAUCCUUGGGUGAAUUAGCAACUAUAUACCCUACAGGAGGUACAUUCUCUACUUUAGGUAAUAAAUUUGUUGAUCAUGCCUUUGGAUGUGCCGUGGGAUGGAACUAUGUAAUUAUUUGGAUUGCAGUGUUGGCUAAUGAAUAUAAUACUGUUGCAGCAAUCAUGCAAUUUUGGGGACCACAAGUACCGUUAUAUGGUUACAUUCUUAUUUUCUGGGCAGCAUUUAUGGCAUUCCAAUUCCUCGGGGUUCAAGCGUUUGGCGAGGCUGAGUUUUGGUUAGCAUUAAUGAAAAUUUGUGGAUUAGUUGCGUUUUAUAUUUUUUCCAUUGUUUAUUGUGCUGGUGGUGUAAGCGGAACUCCUGCAUUUGGGUUUCAUUAUUGGAAUGAUCCAGGAGCUUUCAAUCAUGGAUUCAAAGGGGUGGUUAACACCUUCGUGUUUGCCAGUACUUUCUAUAGUGGUACUGAAAUUGUUGCUGUCAGUGCUGCUGAAGCAAAGAACCCAAGUCGUGCUGUCCCAGCUGCUAUUCGUCAAACUUUCUGGCGUAUAUUGAUUAUCUACAUGGGUAUUGCUGUAAGUUAUGGAUUGACCGUUCCUUUUAAUGAUCCUUCAUUAGCUGCUGGAACUAAAACUUUGAGAUCUCCAAUGACUAUUGCUAUUCAAAGAGCCGGUUGGGAAGGUGGUGCACAUUUAGUGAAUGCAUUCAUCUUAUUAACAUGUAUUCUGGCAAUUAAUUCAUCCAUUUAUAUUGGAUCAAGAACCAUAGUUAACUUAGCUCACGAAGGAAGUGCACCAAGGUUCCUUAGACGAGUUAAUAAACGAGGUAUUCCCUAUGCUGCUGUGAUAUUGAUGAACUGUUUUGGCUUCCUUUCUAUGAUGAAUGUAAGUACAGGUGCUGCUAAGGCGUAUGGAUACAUUGUUAAUCUUUCGGGGGUAGCAGUUUUCAUUGUUUGGGGUAAUGUAUGUUUCUAUCAUCUUCGAUUCAGAAGAGCAUGGAAAUUGCAAGGUAGGUCAGUGGAUGAAUUGCCUUACAAGGGAUUAUGGUAUCCUUAUUUACCAAUCCUAGGGAUUGUGCUUAAUAUUUUCCUUGCCUUGAUUCAAGGUUGGUCUUAUUUCAAACCAUUUGAUGCGGGUAAUUGGGUUGAUGCUUAUAUCUUGUUACCAGUCUUUUUUGUUAUUUAUUUUGGGUAUAAGUUGUGGAAUAGAACCAAGUGGGUUAAUUUGCAUGACGUUGAUUUGGAUGAAGGUAGAAGAAACGAUAUUGAUGUGGGAGGGAAGGGUCGAUGGAUUCCAUAG